GAAGAGUCCACAGAAAACUGACAAGUCAGGGGACAUACGUAGGGUAGUACGGUUGUCAGCUGUCAGUGCACUUUACAGCCUGGUUUCUUCAUUACCAUACAAAGGUGACGUCAUAAUUUGUGCUGUUGGCAGAAUAGUAAUUUAAACAGAAUACUCCCAGACAACACUGCAGCAGCCAGUUGUAGUUCCAUCAUGGCCGAGGAUAUGUUUUCCCUCAUGAGUCUCGAAGACGAACUGAGCUGUAGCAUCUGCCUCUGUGCUUUCGACUGCCCGGUGACAAUUCCAUGUGGACACAACUUUUGCCAAGAGUGUCUCUUAGAAACCUGGAAAGACAACUACAGCUGUCCACAAUGCCGGACCCACUUCACCACCAAACCAGAGCUGAAGAAGAACACCGUCCUCAGCACUGUUGUGGAAACGUUCAAAAUGAAGUCUAAUAAACGCGACCUCCCCAAUGAGAUGGGCGACUUAAUCAAAUGGGAUGCGGUCAAGACGGAGCCCAAAGAGGUGGUUAUCUUGUGCGACACCUGUAUGGAAGCCAAAGCAUUCAAGACCUGCCUCACCUGUAUGGCGUCGUUCUGCAUUGAGCAUGUGAGGCCUCAUCAGGAGAACCCGGUGUUUGGUGCGCAUCAGCUGAACGAGCCUCUGGGCGACCUGCGCGAGCGUAUCUGCUCCGACCACCACAAGCUGAUGGAGUUCUACUGUGACCAACAUGGCCGCUGUAUCUGUGGUGUCUGUCUGCAGCAGGUGCAUAAAGGCUGUACCUUCUCCACCCCUGACGAACAACGGGCACUGCAAGAGUCUGAUUUGAGGGGCAAGUUGAGUCAGCUGGAUGGAAAGAUUGACAAGAACCAGACGGUCAUCUCUCAGAUGAGGGAGCAGCAGAGCAAGUUGAAGGACUCUGCAACCAGCAGGAAGAAAGCCCUGGAGGACGAGUACCGCCAGAUCCGGGAGCUGCUGGACCGUGACGAGCGUGAGGCUCUGAACACGGUGGACCGCGAGCAGGAGAGCGGUCAGACCAAACUCCAGAACCUCAUAAAGAAGUUCAACCAGAACAUUGAGAAGCUUAGCGCAGCAAAAGACGGCGUCAGUAGCCUGCUCAGUCAGACUCAGACCCUGGCGUUCCUACAGGCCUCAUUUGACAUGCCGUCAGUGGUGGCCUUUGACCCCUAUACCCCGAAGGUCAACCUGGACUCUAAGGCCGUGGCAGCCUGGCAUGCCUACUCUGCAGUCCUGAGGGAGCAUCUCACACAUGUACUGAAACAGCCUGUAGAGGCCAGACUGCAGAUACUCAAACCAGCUGAGAGGUUUGCUCCUCCUCUGCUGCCAAAUUCCUAUGAAAUGGGAGGCAUGCCACCACCGGGUAAUCCGAGACUGCCUAGAUCCCACAGCCCAGGAGCUCCUCUCAGGGCAAACCAGAAGAAGAAGCCUCCACAAGAUUCAAACCGAGAGAGAAAGUCAGACAAGAAACGAGAUCACAAGGAAGGGAAAGAACAUAAGACUGACAAAAAUCCCCAAAAGCCACCUAAUGCUCCCAGAGAGUCCACCUCUCCUGUUCCACACACACCAAGGGAGCACCCCAGAGGUGCCUCAGCAGAACGCAGACCCAGGAACAGGGAGAACCCAGGACCACCAAGUGUUCCCCCAAGUAUCACGUCUGCAGCAAAACGAACUGACCUUCUACAAUGUAAGUUCACGAGUGUUACGAAACCACUUAGCAAACCGACUCUGGCUCAAUCUAGGGAAGCUAGGAUGGGCUAUAAGUUUGCCAGAAGAUACCGACCCUACCGUUACGCUUGUUUACACUGAGCUGCACUGGGGCCGGAAUGUAAUCAUG